CAUUCAGUCCGGUUUUUUGUCUUUAUCUUGUUACACACACACACACAUGCACACACACACCUCAGUGCAAGCUUGUGUGUUUUAAUGAAUUGGGCUAAAUAUCACGACCUGGAGUCUGGGACUAAGGAGCCUGUGCUUUAAUGGUGUGCGAUCAUAAUAAGGACAAUUAGGCGGGAAAAAACCCCUGAAAUAAAUCGAAGCUCCAGACGGCCUUCAUGCUUUACCCUCUCACUAAAAACACCAUGCAAGAGACACAUUAUUCAACCCACUAGCUGUGUAUGCAGAGUCAGUCUGUUUGUGGCAGCACCUUGGUGGAACCCUGCCUCGCUGUGAUGUCAGGGACUGCAGGUUGACAUGGAAGCGGACACAAGUGCGGGCCAUUCUGCAUAAUUAUGUAAACAAAUUUAUGCAAAAAAAACAAUGACCAAACGCUGUGAAAACAAGAAGCAAUUGUGGAUACAAACCCAUACAGACUGUAAGCCAUACAGAGGUACCAUGUUUGCUUUGUACCUCAGCGGUUAGUGGGGUUCGAGUGCUCAAAGCAGGACCUCCUCAGUCCAAAGACAUGUGCUGUAGGCUGACUGGCAUCUCUAAAUAGUCAGUAUCCCUGUACCCCGGGAUAGACUCCUGGCUCCUGGUGACCCUGUGUAGGAUAAACGGUGAAUAAAUAGUGGUAUUAACAAAUGAUAAAGUGACAGGUGGCACGAGGCAUGAUGGGUCGUGUAGAUCUGCCCCCACUGGCACCAUCAUGGCAAUUCAGGAAUGCAAUUCUAAGAUCCUUUAUAAAAGGCUGACUUAUUCUUUUGUCAUUUCACUGGACCUCAACAUUAUUACAUUCCAGGCAUUUGGUAGAUGCCCUAAUCCAGAGCAAUUUACAAUUUACAUAAUUUUGAACAACUGAGGAUUAUGUGUCUUGCUCAGGGGCUCAGCUUGGUGGUCCCAGGAUUCAAACUUACAACCUUCUAUUCAGAAGUCCAAUACCUUAACCACUGAGCUACCACAUCCCUGUGUGACGAAAUAUACACUGACCUCCAACUGCUAGAACCAGCUCGAAAUGAACAAGAACAUCCAUGAAGGUUUCCAAACAUAUUCGCAAGUGAGGUAGGUGUGUUUGAGGGAUACAGCCCGAAAACCUGAACCAGCACCAGUUUAACCCUUGAGCUACAAAUAAAUAUUCCAGAGGUCUCUGUUCUAAAAAACUUUGAAACUAAUAUUAUUCAAAAUACCAGGUAUGUACAUAACGUGGAAUUAUGUACGUAUUUCCUUGUUAUCUCAGUUGCACAUCUAGAAUAUCUAGUAUCAACAAUGCAAAUAGUUCUUCCAAUAACAAAAGAUGUAUCUGUUAUAUAAGAGCAGGAGUUCUAACUAAGCCUCAGUACUGGAUUCCGAUCCCAGCUGUCCAGCCUGAUGGACCUCUGCUUGUUAAUUCUUGCUUCAGUGAUGACGACAGUGAGUGGGAACACCACGUCCUCUGACACCACUGGGAACAACAUCAUCCUGCCCACCACCACCGUCAUCCCUCCCACCAAUCUGAUCACCACCAUCAGUCUUCCCACCACUCUGCCAACCACCACUGUCAUCCCUCCCACCAAUCUGACCACCACCACCAAUCUGAUCACCACCCUGCCCACCACCACAGUCAUCCCUCCCACCAAUCUGACCACCACCACCAAUCUGAUCACCACCCUGCCCACCACCACCGUCAUCCCUCCCACCAAUCUGACCACCACCACCAAUCUGAUCACCACCCUGCCCGCCACCACCAAUCUACCCACCACUCUGCCAACCACCACCAAUCUGACCACUGAUCUGCCCACCACCACUACCACCACCACCAAUCUGCCCACCACCUUGCCCACCAAUACCACCACCACUGUCGUCAUUGCCACCAAUCUGCCCACCACCCUGCCCACCACUACCACCACUGUCAUUGUUGCCACCAAUCUGACCACCACCCUGCCCACCACUACCACCACCACUGUUGUCACUGCCACCAAUCUGUCCUCCACUACCACCACCAUUGUUGUCGCUGCUGCCAAUCUGACCACCGCCAUCAUGACCAACACCACAUUGACCCUGCUGUGUCAGAAUGGUGGUCAACAAACUAAUGGAAUGUGCAUCUGUCCUGAUGAAUUCACUGGUCAAUUCUGUGAGAAAUCAAACAUCUGUCAUGAAACAACUGUUUACAACUUCACCUUUCCCAAGACGCUUCUUGGACAGGCAGGUUACUCAAAAGAUGAGUGUCCUUCAGGAAGCAUUAACGCCGGAUUUCCCAAGGCCACAGCUUGGUGCUUGAAUGAAACUCGCACUUUUUCUCCACCUCAAGAGCUGAAAUGUGACCUGACCCUGGAUAUCAUUGAUGCAGCGCUUUCAAGCAGCAGUUCUGUUACCAGACUGAAUUUGGCCUCCAGCAGCCAAAUCCUCACGUCCAAACCAGAGAAGCUAACCCCGCAAAACAUCAGCACAGCUGUAAAGAUAGUCAACUGUCUGCUUGCACACACAGAAAGCACUCAGGACAUCCACCUUGCCUCCAUCACCACAGUCAGCCAGCUUCUUAGCGCUAACGCAGAGCAGUUCUAUGACGUCACUGGGUCCAUCAGCAGUCUCACCAAGACGUUGCAGAGGUUUUCUCUGAUGCAGGUUGAUAACGGAUCACUGCUCGUACAGCCGAACAUUGCUAUACACUCAGUCACAGUGUCCCAAAGUUCAGAAAUACAAAUGACGGUUUUUUCAGCUUUAAAUAACAGAAUCCAACGAACUGCCCUUGCUGAAUCCCGUCCUCCGGACAGCCUGUCAGACAACAGAAUAAAGAUAAAUAACACCUUCGCUACUCACCAGCUGCCCAUCGAUGUCCAGAUUGACGUCAAGCUUCCACAAGACACUGAAGGCACCAAAAUUGGCUUUGUGCUCUACAAUAACGAUCAGUUCUUCAGAUCCCAGGCCUUCCAACCAUCGCUGAACCUGAACAGACGAGUGAUCAGUGGACACCUGGAGGAGGACAAGACCCUGGAGUACGUUCAGUUCAUGAUGAGGACUCAGAUAUCCUCGUCUAUUCAUCUCCAUGACUUUGCCUGUGUGAUCUGGGAAUACAAAAAGCAAGACUGGAGUACAGAAGGCUGUAAAAAAAUCUGGAAUGCUGCUAAUCAGGCCUGCAAAUGUGAAGGUGACAUGAAAUUAGCCAACUUCGCCAUGUUGAUGAGUUACCGCUCCAACCCUCAGAUCAGCCAGGCUUUAGGCCAGGUCAGUAUAAUCGGCUGUGCUGCGUCUGUUGUGGGCUUGAUCAUCACGGCGAUAUUCCAGAUCCUGACCAGAAAGUCGAGAAGAUCCAGUCCUACCAUCCUGCUGGUCAGCAUCUGUGUGUGUAUGGUCAUUGUCUACCUCCUCUUUAUCUUUGGUAUCCAUAACCUGACCCACGAGUCCAGCGCUAAUCUUUCGGUAGAGAACGUCAUCCCUGCGUCUGAUUUCUACUUAGAGCCGGACCACGGGCCGUGUACAGCAUUCGCUGUCCUCCUGCAUUACUUCCUGCUAGCCACGUUCACCUGGAGCGCGCUGUAUGCCGCGCACAUCUUCCUCCUGAUUAAAAACACCAUCUCGGGGCCGCCACGAUACUUCACCAGCUUGUCGCUCGUUCUGGGAUGGGGUCUUCCUGCAGUGGUGGUGGGAAUCUCUUUAGGAAUCACAUACCGGAUCCAAAACCCCUUAAACUAUAGACAGGAAGCUCUCUGCUGGCUGGCUGCAGGAGAUCAGCAGAACGGUUUGGAUGUGACGAAGCCCAUGCUGUGGGGUUUUCUGCUGCCGGUUGCCGUCAUGCUCCUCUUUAACAUCGCAGUGCUCUUGUACUUCUCAUACACCACCUGCAGGACCAACCCUGACCUCAACAGCUCACAGGUCACUCCACUACGCAACAAAAUGCUCGGCUGCAUCUCCAUGGCAGUGGUUCUUGGUGUGUCCUGGAUCAUUGGCUACUUCCUGCUCCUGGAACAGAAUACCAUCAUGCAAAACAUCCUCAGCUUUGCCUUCUGCCUCUUUAACACCACACAGGGUAUCCAGAUCUUCAUUUUGUUCACGUUAAGGACGUCAGUUUUUAAGCAGAAAGCCCUCGCUCUUCUCAACUCCAUCCCAUCUUCAGGUCUGGCUCGACAUAGCCAGAGUUUCGACCUGUGGGUUCGAGAAGAAGUUGAUUAUGAAGAGAGCUACAAAUACUACAACGUGUAACUUUCAAAUCUGAAGUGCUGAGAAGGAUACAAGUGUAUCUUGCAGAGGAGUUGGAUGAUGAUGCUUUGAUGUCCAUCACAAGAGUCAAGAUUAAAGAUUCAAGAAGCUUUAUUGUCAUUUCAACCACAUGUAGCUGACACAGUACAUAGUGAAAUGAAACAAUGUUUCUCCAGGACCCGGUGCUACAUAAACAUACAACAACAAAGAGUUCAACACAAAACACCACCACAGAGCUAGGACAGAAGUUUGUCCAAGCCACAUAAAGUGCAAAGUGUGCAGCUAGGUGCAAACAAAGCAACGACAAGACAGUGCAAAAACAAUAAGUACAAAAAGACAACACAAAAACACAGGACACUUAGCGCCGAAAAAAGAAAAAGAACAUGUGCAAUGAAAUGUAAAUUAAAUGAAAUAAAAUGAAAUGAUGUACAACUUUGAGACCUGACAACAUGUAUUCUGCAAAAAUACAGUAGCAGCGGUUGAGGUAGUGCAAAAUAGAAAUAAAUAUAAAAAUAAAUACAGCAGCAGAUGUAAUAAACACAAGGGUUGAGGUAGUGCAAUAAGUAUUGAACAAUAUAAGUUAUGUGUAUGUGUGUCCACACAGGUGAGAGAGACAGAGUGUGUGUGUGUGUGUGUAUGUGUGUGAGAGAGACAGAGAGUAUUGUACAGUUCAGUCCUGAGUGUGUGUUUGUGUGAGAGAGAGAGUUUUUUACAGUUCAGUCCUGAGUGUGUGUUUGUGUGAGAGAGAGAGUUUUGUACAGUUCAGUCCACGGCUUUGGAUUGUUGCUGGUGGCCACCCUCUUUGAAGCAGUGUCCCAGCAUGGC